AGCACGUAUUGAUGAAUGGAUUGGUUAAUUGAUAGAGGUGGUGACUAAUGACGUUAUUAUUGAGCAGUCUCGUUACGUAUUCCGAAAUGAGUGCGCUAGCCACUGGAAGCACGUCUCCUCCUGACUCCGGAAUGAAAACCACGAAGGCGAAAACAAAGGAGGCUGCAGAGAUGGACCGCCACAAUUUCCUCCGAGACCUUCCGCCGAGAACUCCUCAAGUUGUUGCAACGAAUGUGAGAACCAUCAAAUCCGCUGUUACCAAGCAUCUGAAAGAUGAUGCCAAGUUACAAUAUCUUGUUGUGCACUACGUGCCAACCCAGGUGGUACAGACUCUUGUUGAAAACCCUCGGUCACGCGGCAGCACAGCCUCGAGAAUCUUCUACGAUGAGAAUCUUAGAGUCCUCGUCAUCAAGUUUUUAAUCAAAAUAUACGAAGUGGCAAGUAGGGAGCUGAGGUACCGUAUCAACGGUUGGGGUAGCUCUGCGAGGCCUCAGGAAUAAUUUGAAGGAUGCAGGUGCAGGAGACAGGCUCUUAUCACCAAUACGGUUCUGCCCAUCGCUGAGUUGACCGACAGAGCCAGAAGCGCCCCCAGAAGCAGUAAGAUGGAAGCAGCAGCUAGCGGUACGGCUGAUCAGAGCUUGAGUACCAGCAGCAAAAGCUACCAAGGUAACCAAGGUUUUCAUGUUUACAAUUUCAAGCGGGGAAGACGUAAAAGUAAUUCAAAGAUGUUAGUUCUUGAGAGAACUGUGAAUAGGAAGUGACCAGUG